CUCUGGACUGUGGUCUGACUGUCUCUCUAUCAAGGUCUUAUCAACCGCAUUAAUACCAUGACCUCUCAGCUGCUUGGGGCCACACUGCUGGGGAAUCUCUUGGUUUGUUUUGCAGCACAAGUUUCAGCAUUCCUUGUUCCUCCUGCCAUGGUGAAGUUUGACUCUGUGGACUACAAAAACGUUUUGCGCUGGACUCCAUCAUCCAACGACACCUCCCUGCAGUACUACGUGCAGUGGAAAAUUUAUGGCGAGGCGCAGUGGCAGGAUGUGGAGGGCUGUCAGGGGAUUGGGACUACCUACUGUGACCUUAGUGUUGAGACCUCUGAUGCCAGAGAAUGGUACUAUUCCAGGGUCCAUGCCUCUUCCUUACUUGCUGCUAGCAAAUCAGCCUGGGCCAUGUCCCGCAGAUUCAGUCCACGCUCAGAAACCAAAAUCAGCCCGCCUCGAUUGAGGCCACAUGUUGUGGAGAAAGGGAUUGUUGUGGAUGUGAAGCCUCCCCACUCGCUCAAGAAGAUGCAGAAAAAGCUCUGGUACAAGAUCUACCUUAUCCAUGCCACGGGAGAGGAGGACCUGUUUGAGAUUUGUUCCCAGCAGCUGGUUAUAAAUAAGCUGAGCUCAGGGACCGAGUACUGCCUGCAGGUCCAGACUCUGAUCCCUCUCCAGGGCAAGACCAGUGUUCGCAGCUCCCUGAGAUGUGCCACACCGCUCUGAGCCCACAGAUGAACUGGAGCUUCGGGUCUUAAAGGAAUCCUGACAUGAUAUGACAUGAGAAGGAAAUACUGUGACACACAGAAAGGGGAGAUUUGCACUCAUUGAUUUGUCCUUCAAUCUUCAGUGCUACUGUAAUUAUCGGAUGCUACCUCAAAAGGAUACGUCAGACAUUGACACCAACACAAGUCAUGCACUUCAGGAUUCUGGGUACUGGAGAGCUUGUACACAUCUUUGCAAUAUUCAGCUUAGAGACCUGCCAUUGACUUGACUGGAAGCCUGAUGCUGCAAUUUAACCAAUAAAACAUGA